UCACGGCGGCAACUAUUUCACUUUAUUUAUGCUGCUGCUGAUCUCUGUCAUCAGUCAGGUCGCCAUCACCGGAAAUGAUUACUGGACCUCAUAUUGGACUACUUUGGAAGAAAUCAGGCGUACCGGAAAUAUUAAUGGCACCAAACAGUUCGAGAACAUGUACAAUAAUAGCUUUCUUGGGUCGAUAUUCACACUAAGUCCAGACGGCCUGCUCAGCACUAUGGAUGCCAUAUACGUAUACACAUUCUGCAUCAUUGUCUGCACGAUUAUCACACUGUUUCGCAAUUUUUUCUUCAUGAAGGUCUGCAUGAACUCGAACUGCAAUCUUCAUAAUACCAUGUUCUCCAAUCUGCUGCAGGCGCCCAUGUCUUUUUUCUACACCAAUCCUUCCGGAAGAAUUUUAAAUAGAUUUUCAAAGGACGUGAAUGCCAUGGACGAGUUGUUGCCCAAAAAGGCGUUAGAAAUUAUUCAGAUAUUUUUCGCUGUUUGCGGUAUAAUUGUAAUGGAGAUUAUAAUUAAUCGAUGGAUGCUGAUACCGACAGUGUUUCUGAUCGUUCUAUUUUUCAUUGUGACAAAGUUCUAUUUAAAAAUUGUUCAAAGUAUUAAACGUCUCAAUGACGUAACGAAGAGUCCAUUGUUUUCGCACGUGAAUGCCACCCUGAACGGUCUACCGACAAUCAGAAGCAGUGGCGUCGAAACUGAAAAGAUGAUCCGAAAGCAAUUCGACUUGUUGCAAGACCGUCACAGCGGCACAUGGUACCUCUUCUUAUCGUGCUCGUCGUCCUUCGGUAUCUUUACAAAUCUAAUCAUGUGUCUAUUCCUCGCUUGCAUUUGCUUCUCCCUAAUACUGGUGAAUGAGAAUGACAGCGUAGACAACAGCAAAGCAGGUCUCGCCAUAUGGCAAUCGUAUCUGAUUA